AUUCUAAAAAAAUUUGCAACUAUUACGAUUUCAAUAGAGUCUUUCGCUAUCUAUAUUAUAUUUCUAAAUAAUUGUUAUAAUAAUCGUGCGUUUAUGUGUAAAAUAUAUUUAUAUUAACGCGAUUUGAUGAAAAAUGAUUUGGUUACUUUUUAAAAGCUGCAGUAAAAACAAAAAAAGUAAGACGAUACAAUCUGAUGAAAAUUAUAUGAAGGUAAAUAAUUCAAAAGAAAUUAUUAAAGAACUUCUACCCAAAUUGGACGUUUUUAACGAUUUGGAAGCAUGCAAUCAUAAGGUAUUUGUUACGGACAAACAUUUCACAUAUCUUUCGAUUUUUGAUCCUUACAAUGAAUUUAAAGAGUUAACUCCAGAAAUAACUGUGACUGAACAAGUGGUUAUUGAAAAUGACAUUGUAGUAAUAAACGAGAAUGGUAAUUUAGAAGCUAAUACAGAAGAUUCUAUGGUUAUUAGUAAUAGAUUUAGUAGAGUUACGGAAAAACAUUUAAAGAUGCUACAAUGUCCAUUUACUUGGGAUUUUGAACCUGAAGUGUGGAAUAAAAACAUCGUUAAUCGAAUUGAAAAAAAAUAUGGCAAAUACAAUAUGAAUAUUUCCUCAGCCAUAUUUUCAUUUGAAAAGUACAUAAGCAAUCUUAUAACCAGUUGUGGACUAUUUCGAGCAAACCAAGUAGACAAAGCACACGAUAGAUUAAUAAAUAUUUGGGAAUGGCUUGAUAAAUUAGACGAUAAAAAUGAACCGAUUUAUUUGGCAAUUAGAGAUGGAUUGAAGCAUAUCGUUAUGUCAACAUUGUGUCAUAUAUUAUUUACUGUGAAUAGAGUGAAAUGUCAACAGUUAUUUGAAAUGAUAACAAGAUUUCACAGUUUAAAUUCAAAAUCAAGAGCUGCAAUUAAUGCUUUACAUGCUGCAUUUUGUUUAGAAAUUGGUGGCAAAUCGUUGCAAAAUAUUGUUGAGUAUGCGAAAACAGCAUGUGAGUUAGAUCCAGACACACUUCAAUGGAAAUAUUAUCUUUCAAUAGCUAUGACUGCUCAAAGACAAUAUUUGAAUACCAAUAUAUCGUGCCCAACUGAAGAUGAGUUUGAUUAUAUACAGCAAGCAAUUAUCUUAUCAAAUGAACCAAAUCCAUAUUUUAACUUCCACAGAAUGAAUUUGAUGACGAAUAAAAUACUCUAUCAUUAUCAUCAAGAUAAUAAUUUAAGUAAAAGUAACAAAAAUGAAAAYACAUUGGAAAAAACCAAAAAAGACUUUCUCAAUAUAAUAGAAUUAAUCAAAGAUAUCAUAAGCAUGGAACCGGAAGAUCCUCAUUUAGUAGUUAAAUGCGCAAAAUCUCUUAUGACUCUGCCAUAUUUAACCCAAGACGAAAUGUUCCUCAUCAAACAAAUAAUAACAAUAGCAGUAAAUAUGGCUUUUCAUGACUAUACGGUGAUCAGAGCGAUUCAGAAAAGUAUUGCAAUUUUCAGAGAAUUGAUCUAUACUUAUAUAGAAAUGAACGAAAAUGAAAUUCAAAUGAAAAAUACCAGUACUGAAAAUCAGUUAAAAGACGAAGAAAAUGACUUAUUAGAAAACGACUUAAUACUUAUUUUGGAAAAUUACGAAAAAGGUGGUAAGCCGGUAUUAGAUUUAAUUAAUCUAUUCGAAAAAUAUAACGGGAAUUGUCGAUGGAAAAUAAUGGCACAAAUUUGUUCAUACUCGAUACUUUUCAAAGAAUCUUCAAAUCUUCUAGCUGGUGUAGAACAAUUCAUGAUGUUAAUUAACGACAAAAAAAUUGCUAAUAGCAAUAUUAUUACGAAACAUAGAUCAAUAUUUAUAAAGGAUCAUUCCAAGGUAUUCAAUCUUGCAGAAUUGGUGUGUAAUGAAUUAAAAUUGGCUAUUACUAUGGGUCGGGUCGAGAAUCAAGAACAAAUAGAAUUAUAUUUAGAUCAAUUAACUAAAAUUAUGGAUGUAUGUCAACUCAAACCGAAAAAAGUCAACCCCAAUUUUAUAUCUGAGAUAAUUGKAUGUAGUGAGGAAGAAAACCAGAAUGUUUCCAAACUCAUUGACGAAUUUAACCAAAAAAUUGACUUGCAAGAUAGCAAACAAAUUGUUUUGAAAAAUGCUAUCAAAAAACGUCGGUUAAAACACACUCCCAACAGUCAACAUACUCGAGUACCUAAAUCUAAACCGAGAAGAAGGCAUCAUCGUUAUGACUAAUUUUAUUUAACUAUUUUAUUUUAAAAGAUUAAUCAAAAUAUCUAUAUAAAAUUACUUCUAUCAUACUUGUA